GUUCAUGAUAUGUGUGAAUGGAUUUCUACUCAUCAACCAGAAAUUGAUGAUAACUCAUCAUGACAUCUUUCUACCAAAAAUCCACUUAAAUGUCCACCAAUUACAACCAAAUGCCAAUCCCUCUCUCUAACCUGUCCAUAUAACUUUCUUUCCUUGUCCUUCUCAUCGAUCCAACUCAAUUCAGCGAUGGCAUCAGGAGAAGCACCCUCAGAAUCUCUGAAGUACAAGCUUUUGGUGUUCAAAGUGUCCAUCCACUGUGAAGGAUGCAAGAAGAAAGUGAAGAAGAUCCUUGCAAACAUUCCAGGUGUUUACGAUACGGAGAUCGACGCAAGGCAGCACAAGGUGACAGUGAAGGCCAGCACCGACGCCGAAACGAUCUUAAGGAGGCUGGAAAAGUCCGGGAAGCACGCUUCUAUUUGGCCAUUGCCGGAUAAGAAGCCCGGAUAUCAAAGCUCCAAGGACGGCGGGGCCGGCUCUAAAAAGAAAGAUGCUGUAGAAACUUCGGAGAAAGAAGAGAAGGAGAAGCCAAGCCCGAACCCCUCUGAGAGUAACUCACCCUCCGUCGCCCCGACUAAACCUUCCGAAGAGAGCAAAAUCGAUUCUUUAGCCAAAUCCCCUGCAGAGCCGGAGAAAUUGGACGCCAAAACCGGGGAGACAAUCCAGAAGCCGGCCGACAGAGUUGAGAGCAAUGAGAAGAAUUCCGCUGCUGGCGAAGCCGACAAUGCCAAAGGCGGCGGUAAGAAGAAAGAGAGAAAAGCCCAGAAAGAGAAAGAGAGCGUCGGGACGAGUUCGGAUUCUGCAACCGUCAAUCCUCCACCACCUCCUCCAUAUUCUUACCCCACACAACCAGCACAGCCGCCGCAGCCUGCGUAUGCGAUGGCCUAUAACAUGGCGCAACGGAGCCAUAGCCAGACCUACUAUGCCCCACCUCCGCCGGCGUCAACUCCGCAGGACCACGUUUAUAUGUCAUACCCGCCUCCCCCGGAGUUCCAGUACUACGGUUCGUCGGACCUGAGCUCGCUAGUACCGAUGCAGUUGCCGCCCCCACCUGACAUGUUCAGCGAUGAUAACCCCAACGCAUGUAAUCUUAUGUGAUGGGCGCCACCGGAGGCGCGCUGCUGCCCGGAAGAUUAAGAUUAAUGCAUGUUAAAAUGUUGGUUUAGAUGUUGAUUCUAAUAGAAUUAUAACUUAGCACUUUCACUAAGUAAAA